AAUAAAAGGGCAAAAAAAAAAAAAAACCUGUAAUUUUGUCUGAAAAUAUGGUGCGCACGGCACAAUUCCUUCCUUUAAAGAGACCUCUUCCUUGGGUGUCACAGCGAAAGGGACAAUAAUCAGAUCAAAAACAUAGCUCAAAGCGAAAAAACAAAACAACGUACUUGCGACCAUGGGCACUGCUAGAAACUGGUUCAACACAGUCCGAAAGAAGUUCAUCAAAUCAUCUCAAGGAGAGAUCAUCAUUCUCCACAGCCCAAGUCUCAGCGCCCAGUCAAUCAUUGGAGAAGGUAGAGACUUCCACAACAACUCAUCAGAUUCAUCGCCAUCUUCCUUCCGAAGAAGAAAACAUUUAACCAGGGACUACAUCGCGGCAAUCAAAAUCCAAGCCAUUUUCAGGGGUCACCUUGCAAGACGAGCAUACAAAGCAUUGAGAAGCCUGGUUAAGCUGCAAGCUGUGGCCCGAGGGGUGUAUGUAAGGAAACAAGCACGAAUAGCACUGCAGUGCAUGCAUGCACUCGUUCGGUUACAGGUCAGGGUUCGUGCCCGCCAACUCCUCAGCAAGUAUAGCCAUGACAGCUAACCAGCGAUCAUCGAGCAAAGUUUCCAAUACAGAAUAAUUGCUUUACUCUGUCAUCUCAAAAUUGUAACCAACAUGAGAAACAUGCUGAGUCUUGAUUAAGGAGUUAGAUUCUAUUUAA